AUUGAAGCUCAAGGCAAAUGCCCGUUCGAAUACGGAAAAGAAAAAGAAGAAAGAUACAGUAAAGCGAAGGAGGUUUCACUUAGCAAUAACAGCUUGUGUGGAGAUCAAAUGAAGAGCCAAAGCAAAUUGAACUAGAAAAGUCUCUACCUUGAACUGAAUUGCCAACUCCUGCCAUUUAUGCUCAAACAAACAGACCCACUGGAGUCAGAACAAUGUAUAGCUCCGUCUGAUCAGUGAUCAGUUUCUACGCUAACUUUUUUCGGUUUCAGCUACUUCACUAAAUGGGUGCUCGUUGCUCUAAGUUCUCCCUCUGCUGGUUCCAUUCCCACCUCAAACCUUCCGUCCUUGAAUCCUCCGACCUGGAAAAUGGAGGGAAAAAUGAGGGAGAAAGGUGGCCCAGUUUUGAGGAGUUCAACUUGGAACAAUUGAAGGUUGCCACAAAUGGUUUCUCCUCCGAAAACAUAGUGUCGGAGCACGGUGAAAAAGCUCCCAAUGUCGUUUACAAAGGGAAGCUCGAGGAUGGUCAUAUGAUCGCCAUUAAACGCUUCAACAAAUUUGCUUGGCCUGAUUCACGCCAAUUCCUCGAGGAAGCUAAGCAAGUGGGGAGUCUGAGAAGUGAGAGAUUAGCCAACUUGAUUGGCUAUUGCUAUGAAGGAGACGAAAGGCUGCUGGUAGCAGAGUUCAUGCCACAUGAAACUCUGGCAAAGCAUCUCUUUCACUGGGAGGCACAACCCAUGAAAUGGGCAAUGAGGUUGAGGGUGGCCUUGUACUUGGCUCAAGCUCUAGAGUACUGCAGCAGUAAAGGAAGGGCUUUAUAUCAUGAUCUCAAUGCCUACAGGAUCUUGUUUGAUCAGGAUGGUAAUCCGAGGUUGUCUUGCUUUGGGCUCAUGAAGAACAGCAGAGAUGGCAAGAGUUACAGUACAAACUUGGCAUUUACACCACCUGAGUACUUGAGAACAGGCAGAGUGACACCAGAGAGUGUAGUUUACAGUUUUGGAACUUUGUUGCUUGAUCUUCUGAGCGGCAAACAUAUUCCCCCGAGCCAUGCACUUGAUCUGAUCCGCGGCAAAAACUUUUUGAUGUUAAUGGAUUCUGCCUUAGAAGGUCACUUUUCAAAGGAGGAUGGAACUGAGUUGGUGCGGUUCGCUUCUCGUUGUUUACAGUAUGAAGCUCGUGAGAGACCAAAUGCAAAGUCUCUUGUUGCAUCUCUAAUGUCACUUCAGAAAGAAACUGAGGUCCCCUCCUAUAUUUUGAUGGGUAUUCGGCAUGAAGCUGCAUCCUCAAAAAAGCCAUCACUGACACCUAUGGGUGAAGCAUGUUUGAGACUGGAUCUUACUGCCAUACAUGAGAUAUUGGAGAAGAUUGGAUACAAGGAUGAUGAGGGAUUCGCCAAUGAGCUUUCAUUUCAAUUAUGGACCAGUCAAAUGCAGGAGACCCUGAACUGGAAGAAGCAUGGAGAUACUGCUUUCCGGGCCAAGGACUUUGUCACUGCCAUUGACCGCUACACGCAAUUCAUAGAUGGAGGGACCAUGGUCUCGCCUACUGUGUAUGCAAGACGCUGCUUGUCUUAUUUGAUGAAGGGGUUGGCACAAGAAGCUCUUGGGGAUGCAAUGCAAGCCCAGGUGGUAUCACCCGAGUGGCCUACUUCUUUGUAUCUUCAAGCAGCUUGUCUUUUCAGCCUUGGAAUGGAGAAUGAUGCCCAAGAAACUCUCAGAGAUGGGACAAACAUGGAAGCCAGAAAGAACAAAAAUCUGAAAACUGUAUAGAUUUUACAUUCUGUUUAUCUUUGGCAUUAUUUGAUGUUUCUUUGGGCCAGUUUUGUUAGGCUUUUGAAUUCAUUUUCCUCUGUUAUGAAAGAUUAUGGCUGGUUUGGAUUU